AUUGAAAUCCUCACAAUAACCUUUACAUGAGCAGUAGCCGUAAUUAAAUUUUGCCAAUACCAUCAAUUGAUAUCGUGUGCACAAACACUCCAAACUCCAUCGAUUUCUCUCCCCAUUUUGAGCAUUUAGUUAAUACAUAUUCCUUUGCGGUACAGUGGUCUUGUGUAUGAAAGCAUUGAAAUUAAUGGUUUCAAUGUAUUUUCCGUUAUAUCAAUGAGCGAGUUUGGGACCUUAACUUUUCGUGGUUUAUCAGAGUAACCGCUUUUGUAUAGCAAUUUCCUGUCACUGAUAAUCAACUAUAAAUUCCAGUUUAAUUUAUGGCACAGCAGCAAUAAAGAGGUGCAUAUUAUGGUCAGUCCACAAAAACUCAUACAUCUACAGAACUAUACGCGCGCCUAUAGCCUGCCUUUGGAAGUUAUGGUCUCCAAUGUGCAGAGUCUUAUCGAUGGUGAGCAACCCGCAAAAUCUACAGACGAUAGCAGCUUUGGCUGGACACGCUAUUAUCCCUUAUCAGCAAUUGAAGUAUUCCUAGACGAAAUACUGGCGAAAUACACCGCAGUUGCGAGUGAAAUAAAUAUUGGCACAUCCUAUGAAGGACGCAAGAUACGCGGCAUUAAGAUCUCUUACAAGGUGGGUAAUCCUGGCGUCUUUAUCGAAGCCAACAUACAUGCGCGCGAAUGGAUCACCUCAGCGACAGCUACUUGGUUAAUCAAUGAAUUGCUGUCUUCUACCGACGAGGAUGUGCGUAGUUUAGCUGAGAAUCAUGAUUGGUAUAUAGUGCCAGUCUUAAAUGUGGAUGGUUUUGCGUACACACACGAAACGAAUCGCAUGUGGCGUAAGACACGCCAACCAGUGGAGGGCUCAGCGUGUAUAGGUGCUGAUCUGAAUCGUAACUAUAAUUCUCAUUGGAUGGAAAGCAACGGUGCUUCCUCGAAUCCUUGCGAUGAGACCUAUGGCGGUCCGCAGCCUUUUUCCGAACCCGAGGUUAAGGCGCUCGCCGAUUAUGUUACUAGCAUUAAGGAACGUCUAGAUAUUAUGCUCGCCUUUCAUUCGUAUAGUCAAGUGCUACUCUCUCCUUAUGGCUGGACAAGUGAGCUUCCUGAAAAUCAUAAUGAUUUGACAGAAGUGGCAAAAGCUUACUCAGAUGCGGUCAAGGAGUUACCCUAUGACACGGUUUAUACUUACGGUUCUACAGCGAAUGAAAUGUACUUCGCUUCUGGCGCCACCAACGAUUGGGCUUACAGUGAACAGGAUAUCAAGCUCUCGUACACAAUCGAAUUUCGUGACACUGGGCGUUUUGGUUUCAUUCUUCCGCCAGUCCAAAUAAUACCUCACUGUGAAGAUACACUUGCUGGCUUGUUGGCACUGGUGAAGAAGGCCGAUGAGCUGGGUUAUCUUCAAACUAAAUACGUAUAAUGAAGUUUAUUUUAUGAAGUUACAUAGCCAUUAGUGAGUUGGGCAUGUCUGCACUACAAAUUUCAAAUCAAAUAAAAAAUAUUAAUUUAAAUAUGUAAAGCUGUUGUUUUAUUUUAUUUUGUUAGCUUUCGACUUCUCUACAUACAUUGAUAUAUAGUACAUACAUCUAUGAAUACGGUGGUCCUUAAAAAUAUCAACAUCU